CCCCAUCAGCAGUCAGCACUGGACCGAGGCCGAGUGUGGUAGCUUGUUCCCGAUUCGAUUCCGUUCCGCUUCUGCUACACAUACACACCACACUUUGUUCUGCGCGAAGCCUCCCCGUCGCUGGAACGUCUCACAAUUUUUCUAACCUUUUGCUGCCAGUGAAACAAACGCAGCCGAUGCGUGUAUCGCGGAAAGAAAUUCUCGGAUUUCCGCAGCUCUCCAACGUACGUCAUCAUCUUAUUAUUGAGUAAUCAUAGUCGAGUGUAUUUUUCACGUCUGCGGAAAAUAAGUGCGAAGCACAGUGAACAGGGAUGAAGCAUCUGAAGGGGACCUUGGCAACGAAUCUCGGGCAAUCGACAAACGGCAGGUGCAAAUCAAAUUUUAUACAUAAAUGUAAAGUUAUACAUUGAAAUCUCAAUGUUGGAGCAGCAAUGAACCGUUCUAGUAAAUAGUCCAAAUUCUAUGCAAGGGAUACGCAGAAUUUUUAAAAAUAACCAUCUGGUGGAGAGGACAAAGGAUCCAAGGCAUGGACUAGCCUGGCAGUUCUGCAGGUAAAUCAAUCGCGCGCUGCUCCCCGACUGACGCUAUACACGAAAGAAACUGGGCAGCAGGACCUGAUUGAUAUUUUAAGGCAGACGGGGCAUUUUUUAAAUAUAUAACGCAAUACUGUUUGAUCGUUUAGAAGAAAAUUGAACAAUCUGCUUUAGUAUAGCAAAGCAGUACUCAGUGGCACAGUCCAAUAAUGCAAUAAAGGUAGACGGAAACUAGAGACUGGAACGAUAUAAACGACUCUUCGUAUAGCACGAUUUUAAUCAAUUAUUUAUUUAGCUAAAUUAUAUGUGUAGUAGAAACGCCGGGUCUACUAUGACUGCGUGUCGUAGUUUUAAUAUUUAAACAAAGUGUAAUGAAUUAGGGUGUAAUCCUAUAGAUUUUAUUGUAUAGUAGCGUGAACAUGUCGAUUUUAUGAUAAUAGCGCUCAUUCGUAAUCCGCGAUGGAUCGGUUUUGAUGGCAAUAGGUAGAGCCGUCGCGGCAUUUUCAAGUGUCCAUGAGCUUGUCCAUGUCACUGAUGCAGUGCGGUGGGGCCAUCACGGGAGCGGUAGGAGCUAAUCAAGCUCAGGCAGCCCUCGCAGCUGCCGCCGCUCAUUCAUCGGCUCAAGAUGCCGUUCAGCCCGACCGGCCGAUCGGCUACGGUGCGUUUGGCGUAGUCUGGGCCGUCACCGACCCGCGAGACGGCAAACGAGUAGCCUUAAAAAAGUUGCCAAAUGUCUUUCAGAGUCUGGUUAGCAGUAAGCGGGUGUUUAGAGAAUUGAAAAUGCUAUGCUUCUUCAAGCACGACAACGUACUUUCCGCGCUCGACAUUUUGCAGCCUCCGCACUUAGAUUUUUUCCAAGAGAUAUAUGUCAUUACGGAACUUCUUCAGAGCGAUCUUCACAAGAUAAUCGUUAGUCCACAGCACCUUAGCUCGGAUCACAUUAAAGUGUUCCUUUAUCAAAUUCUUAGGGGACUUAAGUAUUUGCAUUCUGCCCGAAUUUUGCAUCGCGACAUCAAGCCGGGCAACCUGCUGGUGAACAGCAACUGCGUGCUGAAGAUUUGCGACUUCGGGCUGGCGCGCGUGGAGGAGCCGGACAAGAACAAACACAUGACCCAAGAGGUGGUCACGCAAUAUUACCGAGCGCCGGAAAUUCUGAUGGGAGCGCGACACUAUACCAACGCGGUCGACAUCUGGAGCGUCGGCUGCAUCUUCGGCGAGCUGCUGCGACGUCGAAUCCUCUUCCAGGCGCAGAGCCCUGUCCAGCAGCUGGAACUGAUCACGGAGCUGCUGGGCACUCCGACUCUCGAGGACAUGAAGUACGCUUGCGAGGGCGCACGAUCUCACAUGCUCCGACGAACUCCGAAGCCGCCGUCUUUGACUGCCCUCUACUCGCUCAGCAGCCAGGCGACUCACGAAGCCGUGCAUUUACUCUGCCAAAUGUUAGUUUUCGAUCCGGAUAAGCGAAUCUCCGUAACCGACGCUCUGGCUCAUCCAUACUUAGACGAGGGAAGACUGAGAUACCACUCGUGCAUGUGCACUUGCUGCUACACAACGAGCGCCGGCAUGAGACACUACACUCGGGAAUUCGAGCCCGUCACUCCGCAUACCUUCGAUGAUCUCUGGGAGCGCAAACUCACGAGUGUUCAGCAAGUUAAGGAGGAGAUGCGCAAGUUCAUAGCUGAGCAACUUAAUACUUCACGUGUUCCACUUUGCAUAAAUCCGCAAUCAGCAGCGUUCAAGAGUUUCGCGAGAUAAAACGAGUCUGACGAAUACAGUAUUCGCUGUCGGAUUAUUGCAAGCUAAGAAGUCUGAGAGAUAUGGUACAUUUCUUCUUGCCAUGAAGUCUGCAAUCGUAAUUUAUUAAUAUUUAAAACAAAAAAAACAGUAUGUCCCUAGCUGAAAUAGUUUGUUCACUAAAACUCUGCAAAAGUUUGCUGAGCGAGACACGUGUUUGAGGGCAUUUUUGACGGAAUAUAGCAACGAUUUAGAAUUUGCGCUAACUGUUUUUCCAUUGAAACCAGUUGUCUUUGUCGUACUUUUUUUAUACUCAGCGAAUAUAAUUCAUCGAACCCCUUUCAAUGUUGUAUAGUAUGUCUUUUAAAAAAAUUUCGCAAAGUGUAGAUAACAAAUUUUUUCCACUAGGGAUCACGAAGAAAUAAGCAUUCGAAGGACAUGACGUAAAUGAAGGAACCUUGCGCUUGCUAGCGCAUAAAUCAUUGGACAUGUAUAUAUUCUAAAAAUUUUAGAGAAUUAUUCUUAAACAAUAAAACAUUAUAUUUUCUAUAAGCUUUCAAUCACAUGCUUAGCGUUAUUACUUUUUGUACAUAUACUAUGUAAAAGGGCGUUAUGCCUGUUGAAACUUAUAAAUAAAUAAAUAAAUAAAUAUUACAAUAUUA